AAGCGGGCAGGUCGGGACGCCUCCGCCUCCCAGGCAGGUCUCCCUGCCUUGCCUGUCCUGCUACCAUAUUCCCGUGCUAAUAAACCAUAGAAGCAGCGACAACUUUAACUCAACACCCUGAAGAACAAACCAGAGAACCAGAGUACCACCCUGUGGGGACACGUCUUGUCUCGCGUCACCACACGUCCCCUUCAUCUUUACAUCAGUGCCACCUUGUGGGAUUCUACGUCCCCCUUAUUAUUACAUUGGCACCACCCUGUGGGAUUAUCUCCCACGUAUCUUUACAUUGGUGGCAUCGCUCUGGGAUAAUCGCACCACACGAAACCCUCCGAAGAUUACUACAUCACACGAAGUCCCUCUGAAGACAGUUUAUUGAUUCCUGCAAGCGGAGACACCUUUGUCAACUUCUGUCACUGCAAGACUUCAUCUCAAGAUACAUCUGCGAAUUCCCGACAUCAAGCAAGAAGCCAGUCUUCCCUGCCGAGUUGACAUCGCGCCUCCCUCAGCGCACAGUACUUCAACACCUGUCGCAGUCUUCAACAUUUGCUGCAGUUGCCUGACGCCUGCAACAUCAAUCAACACUGCCCUGCCAGUACCUCAAGAGCCAGACGCCCCCUGCUGAAGCCCACCGCUGACCUUGACUCUCGGAUCACCACGUCGCUGCCCUCGCCGCCGAUCCCUGGCGCGCCAAGCCUCGCUCGCCCGUUAACGAGCCCAUCUCACGGACGUUCUCGCUGUCGCAUCACCUGCCGACACCUUCUAUCCUCCACUGCACAUCGCUGCAACUCCGGCCGUGUCCGCCGCCUCGUCCGCUGGUGAUCGCCGCCUGACGUCCUCGCCGCAUCUCGUCUCAUCUCAACUCACUCACCACACCUGAUGCCCUGUGCUGGUGACCCUGGCAAGAAUGGUCCUGUCUUGCCUGCCGAACCUCGUGACGCCAUCACCAUGGUGCUCCUCCUCUCCCGAGAUGACGAAUCCUUCUCGCCAACGACGUGAUCCUGAUUCUUCGAAGACCUCGCUCUCAAGAUUCUCCUCUCAGUCCUCAUCUCCUUGCCGCCAACUUGGUCCAGAAUCUUCUAGAACGGUGUGCGUGUCAUUUACGACUGACACGGCGCUUGACAAGUUAACUGUGUCUUCCAGCGAUCCUGUGGAACGAUUGACAAGCUCCUUGACUGAUCAUCACUGCUGCUCCCGUCAAGACCACCAGCGCUUCAGAACAGUGACCUGUGAAAACAAGCUCCCUAGGCCCCUGACCUUAGAAGUCACCUGUGCGACCUUCCCUCAUGCUCAUCUGCAAGAUACGAGACUUCCUUUGUCGCUUGCCUCCGUCACUUAUCUCCUGUCAUCCACCUGCAUCGUCUACCCAAGAAUCGAGGACGAUUCUUCUUAGGUGACCGAGCGAUGUAGUGAAAUGGAUACGUGAUCUUUAUGCCUCACAUACCAGAAAAGCCAUGUGUAUCUUCUCUUAUAAUAUCUCCACUGUCCUCAGCC